AUGUCUUCUAUACUGCUAGUAAUUCUUGAACAACCAGAUCAUGACACUACGGUCAACAUCGACUACUAUCCAUCACCUACCAUAUCCCCCACCGUGCUUGCAACUAAGGAGCAGUCUUUAACUUUUGAGCCAAUGAGUGCCUCUAUUAGAGCCUCGCCCCUUACAGAUUGUGAAUCUCUUACUGAGCUCACUAACUUUAUUGAUACCACCUCACUCACCGAUGACACUACCGUUGCUUAUGGGUUCAACUCAAUCAUGCCUAUUCAUCCCAUGAUCACAUGGGCAAAACAG